UCCUCUCGGUGCAGCCAACACAAGUUGAAGGAUCCAUCCAGGGGACGGGACGCUCUCCUAGCUCCCUCUCGUUCUCCCGCAUGGUGGAUAUCCUGCUCACUGCCUCUUUCUUGGAUGAUAUGGGGGAUCAUUCCAAAACAAAAUCGCCUGAAAAGCUGCAUCUCUAAUUAAGAAUCUCUAGAUAAAUGUCACAAUUUAUGUGUUCUGGCUAAAAGAAACCAGGAAUUGCAAUGUGCGUGGGCUGCGGGAGUCAGAUACACGACCAGUACAUCAUGAGGGUGUCCCCGGACCUGGAGUGGCACGCAGCCUGCCUCAAGUGUGCAGAGUGCAGCCAGUAUUUGGACGAGAGCUGCACUUGCUUUGUCCGGGACGGAAAGACUUAUUGUAAAAGAGAUUAUGUAAGGUUAUUUGGCAUAAAAUGUGCUAAAUGUAACACGGGCUUCUGCAGCAGCGACCUGGUGAUGAGAGCUCGAGAAAGUGUGUAUCACAUGGAGUGCUUCCGAUGCUCGGUGUGCAGUCGACACCUCCUGCCCGGGGACGAGUUCUCGGUGCGGGACGACGAGCUGCUGUGUCGGGCCGACCAUGCCCUGCUGCUGGAUAGGACCGCCGCCGAUAGCCCGCUAAGCCCCGGGAACAUUCACACCAGACCCCUGCACAUCACCGACCCAGUCUCCGUUCGGCACCCACCACAUCACCGGAACCACAUCCACAAGCAGUCCGAGAAGACCACCCGGAUCCGGACGGUGCUGAACGAGAAGCAGCUCCACACGUUGCGGACGUGCUACAACGCCAACCCGAGGCCCGACGCCCUGAUGAAGGAGCAGCUGGUGGAGAUGACCGGCCUGAGCCCCAGGGUGAUCCGGGUCUGGUUCCAGAACAAACGCUGCAAAGACAAGAAGAGGUCCAUUCUGAUGAAGCAGCUGCAGCAGCAGCAGCAACACUGCGACAAAACGAACCUGCAGGGCCUCACAGGAACGCCCCUGGUGGCGGGCAGUCCCAUCCGCCACGACAGCACCGUGCAGGGGAACUCCGUGGAGGUGCAAACCUACCAGCCACCGUGGAAGAGCCUCAGUGGAAGUGACCUGGACCAGCCCGCAUUCCAACAACUGAUGUCAUUUUCCGAGUCGGGCUCGUUGGGGAACUCUUCGGCCAGUGACGUCACCUCGCUGUCGUCUCAGCUUCCGGACACGCCGAACAGCAUGGUACCGAGUCCGGUGGACACGUGAGCAGCAGCUCGGUCACGGGACGCAGAGUCCUUCCUCCAGAACUGAACAACCACAGGAUGGAUGCUAGUGCUGCUGCUGAUGGAUUUACUCGAGUGGAUACUCAAAAGCUCGUUUUUUUUGGGGGGGGGGGGCUCAAGGGCACUACAGGAGCGGACACGCCUUGUGGGAUUUGAACCAUAGUGUCUCUGUGGAAGCCAGAAUACAUGUGUGGAUGUGCAUGGCAUCGCUUUAUAAUUUGCGCAGAAAAAUAAGUUAUUAUUAUUUAUUAUUCCAAAAUAGCCAACCUUACCAAUAAAACAAUGGUUCUAAUUCAUUUAUUUGCAUGCAAAUUUGUCUAUUCCGCUCACAUAUUUAAAACAUGUUUAAACAACCUUCCUCCCACAGACGACUCAUGCUUCACGUGUGUAAAAUGCAGUCGCAAACAUUUUACAGUCAAUACAAGAAAAAAAAAUAAAAACAAGUCCAAUGAAAAGAAACAUGAAAUCAUAAUAAUAGUGAUAAUGGGGGAAAGGAACCAGUAAACAAAUCUGUUGGUUAAAAACGUUAAAAAAUGUUUUUGAGCGUCGGUUGGGUAACAAAAAUAAAAAGAAUUGUUAUCCCAAAAUAAAUGUUAUCCUUUAAUUGCGUGAUUAUAUCCAUAUAUAUUUGUAAAUUCGCGCGUGUAGUUUAUUUCUGCAUUGUUAUUUAACGUUUUUGUUGCCUUGAAGUUUUUUUUUUUCCCCCCCUCCCUUUCCCCUCCCUUUUUUUUAAUGGCUACAGUCCAGACAGACGACAGUCUUAUCUGCACAUGGCAUCACCUGCCAAGGGCCCACUGACAGGGCCCACAACACAACGCAACGCAACACAACACAACGCAACGCAACACACAGGGACGGGUGUGGGUGGAGAAGGUGGGGGGGGAAAUCCGCAUCGUUUAUUUUCCUUCCAGUAGGAAUGCUGCACGGCAAAUAGCCGCCGGACAAGAGGGAGCACCCGGGUCAAGCAGGCCCUGACACACGACACCUUCACAAUUUGUUUGGGACGAUUUAAAAAAAAAUAUAUAUAUUUUUUUUUUAUCAGUGCCAGGAAACCGAGCCUCAGAGAAGGCCCCACCCGUAUUCAGAUCAACUCAAUGUGAACAACGCUGCAACACAUUUGCUAAUUUAAGGACAGGGUUAAAGUGCAUGACAUUAUGGGCAUCAAAUGGUGGAAAGCCAAUGUAAAUGUGCAAUUUCGAUUGGAAUUCAGAUUUUGUCUGAACUAACAAAAGUGCAGAAAUGAAGAGGCAAGGGAAUACAUGUUAUGGAUUGAAUUUAAAUAU